AAAAGAAUUCAACUGGGACCAUCACUAAUUUAUCAGCUGUUGGAAUUGGAAACCGGCUUUUGGCUGAACUAAAGAACAGAAACAAGUUUGCUCUGAUAAAAAUAAACUCAAAUUAACGCAUUGCACUUGGCUCAAGUAGAGGUCCAUUUUAGUUGAAAAAAUGCAGGCGAUGCAAGUUUUGGCCUUUCUGCUCCUGUCCGGAGUGUUCGGAAAGGAUCUUCAGGAGUGCGAGGAUCUGGGAAAUGGAAGCCAUCUGUGUCGGGAGAUCGAGAGCUUCGAACAACUGAAUCGAUAUGUCGGUGAAAAGUGGCGAAGUGUGAAGGUGGUCAAUGAACACACAGGAAUCGAAAGAGCAGAAGAUAGGCAACUGCCUGGUCUCUCUAGACUUUUGCAAUUGGAUCUAUCUGAAGCCGGUGGUGUGACUCUCGGCGAAAACGGACUGCAAGAUUUUAAGGCGCUGCAGAAGCUGAAUCUCACCCACUGUCAGAUGGAGGAGCUGAAAUCAGAGCACUUUCCCAACCCAUCCGAAAUAAUCCAUUUCGAUGUGAGCUACAACGACAUAUUGGCUAUUACUGCCAACCUGAUGAGUCGGUUCGCCAAUUUGGAGUACGCCAACUUUUCUGAGAACCUGAUAGCCCAUAUAGAACCCAAUGCCUUUAAGGAUAUGAAAAAGCUACGGUUUCUCGAUCUAACCACCAACUAUCAGGAAAACAUAACUCUUGGCGAAAAUGCAAACUUGCGUUUCUUGUCUAUUAGUAACAACAAUUUGAGAGACUUCCAAUGGUGUCACUUGAGGGGAUUGCCCAAAUUGGAGGAACUGCAUCUUCACAGCAAUUGGCUGGAGCACCUGGACAUGGGAAUAUUCUAUGCGCUGCCCAAUCUUCGAGUUUUAAAUGUGUCCAACAACAAUCUAUUUGAGAUCAAGCGCACACUUUUCAUGGCUCCCGGAGAAGUGGCGCCAUUGGAUCUGCUCGACUAUAGCUCGAAUAAUGUGAAGGUCCUGGAGGACUCCGUGUUUUGCAGGCUCAAGAAACUAAGAACCCUCAAUUUGUGGCUGAACCAGAUAAACAGAAUCCAUCCGAGGGCCUUUUUGGGACUGAGCUCACUGCAAACUCUGCACUUGCAGGGUAACAAGAUCUCGCUUCUGCCCGAUGACGUCUUUGCCAAUCUAACAGCUUUGGAGAAACUGGAUCUCAGCAGGAAUAACAUAAAGAAGCUGGGAAUGCGUGUAUUUGGUGAAAGGAUUCUUCGCAAGCUGACCUACCUGGACUUGAGCAACAACUACAUUGCGGAGCUGCAUCCUCUGGCUCUUUCCUCUCUGCCUUUCAUCCAGGAUCUUAGGCUCAGAAGGAAUAAGCUGGUCACUCUGGAUCUGCGCAUGUUUGCACCCCUGCGACAAUUACAACUGCUCACAAUUAGCGAGAAUCGUCUGGAGGAGAUUGAGGGCGAUAUUCUGAACACUUUGGAUCGCCUCAAUCACCUGGAGCUCAACAACAAUCGUCUCACCUUCUUGCCGGACUUGAAGUCAUUACAAAGUCUCUUGCAUUUACAAAACAUCACUUUGGAGGGAAAUCCUUGGCAGUGCCUGUGUCUGGACGAGAUCACCACCUGGUUGAAUGGCCAUCACGUGUCCUACGCUCGACCCAGCAGUGCCUACUUCAGUGGAAGGAAGCCCCUCUGCGUUGUCACGCCCAUGGAUAAAUGCCUGCGCGACAUUCAAGAAACCAGAGCUCAAGGAAUCGUCGAAAGUUAUGAGAAGAUAUAACCUUUCCAGACUUCACCUCUUCCAUAUUUGAUAUGAUUUCUAUUGAAGAACUAAGAAAAGUAAUAAUUCCUGUUUAAAUCUGGCUGACGAGCUUUAUAUUGGCAGUAGCUGGUAAAUGGCUUCACAAGAGCUUUAGUAAGUUUUUGCUUUCGAAUUUAAAUCAGAUUUUUAUCAUCAUACAUCAAAGUAGUAAGUGCAUUCAUAUUCCCGACUGUAAAACGCAUGUGUGUCACCAGUUGAGGAGCAAUAAAUCAAUAUCCACUGAA